CGACGUGGAACCUCUACACUGGUUGAACAUAAUCGGCGCCGUAGUCGUCACAGCACCCGAUCAUUGUUGCCGCGUUUUCCUUCAACUUCACUCGUCCAUCAGAACAGACUCCUUAACUAACGACUGCCUUCCUCUGAAAUUCUCAUUUCCCUACAAUCGUCCGUCGCACUCGGUGGCCGAUUUACCGCCAUUGUAGUGUUUCCGUAGAGCUCGAAGUGUCCUUUGGCGAAGCAAGAUCCCCAUUCGAGCUAUCGCAACGUCGCCGUUUAGAAUUACACUCUUCGAUUCAUCAAAUCCUCGGCUACAUCUUGGUGGGCUCCGCAUUGUUUCCGAUCCGAGUUUCGGCUUUCUAAUGGCUUCUUGGCUCAAAGCUGCCGAAGGACUGUUUGAAGUCGUAGAUCGCAGGGCAAAGCUUGUUGUUAGUGAGUUAUCAGAAGAGCAGUCUGAUAUUCAAACUCCAGCUUCUAAUGGCCAAGGAUCUCAAACCAAGAAGACCAAGCCAAAGAAAAAGAAGAAACUAUCCUCAAAUGAGCCUUCUAUAUCGAAGGACGCUGCAGAAGAACAAACGAGCACAUUAUUGUCAACUGUAGAUGUGGUGGUGGCACCUGAAAAGGAUGGAAUUGUUUCUUCCAUUGAAGAUGACCGGACGGUGACUGCAUCUGAUAAGUCUACGACUCAUGUAAACAAAAGGAAGCCAGACGGUGACGACAAUAACGUCCCUAUUUUAGACAUUCCACCAACAGAUGCCGUAGUAGUUGAAGCAGGAAAACAAAUUCCUGAUGACAUGGAAGCAGCCGUUGCUGAUGUUGAGGUUAUCGCACCCACUUCUAAUACGGAACUAAAUAAUGUGAAUGCCUUGGAUCUUCAUGAGGAACAAUUAUUGUCUACACCUAAUCAAGAAGCCGUGGAGAUCAACAAAGAAAAUCGAGAUGAUGCGCAGAGCAAUAAAUUGGGAAGUGAAGAAACUAUCUCGAAGACAGAUCGGGACAUGUCUGAGUCUGCAACUAUGGGGUUCCAGGAUAACGAUGAAAAUCAAACAAAAAAUGAUUCUAAUAAGGUUCAACUGCCAGUCGAACAGAAGCAACAAGAGAAUACAGCUGAUAAGUCUCCUACGAAAGUGCAGGACCAACUUGAAGAGGCACAAGGGUUACUUAAAACUUCAAAUUCCACUGGCGAGUCGAAAGAAGCAAGGCUAGCUCGGGUCUGUGCUGGACUUUCAUCACGUCUUCAAGAAUACAAGUCUGAAAAUGCACAGUUGGAGGAACUUCUUAUUGCAGAGAGAGAAUUGAGUAGAUCAUAUGACGCUCGCAUGAAGAAGUUAGCACAAGAUUUAUCGGAAUCCAAAAGUGAAGUUUCGAGAGUAGAGUCAGGUAUGGCUGAAGCUUUGGCAGCAAAGAACUCUGAAAUUGAGGCUCUUAUUAGUUCCAUGGAUGCACUUAAAAAGCAAGCUGCCUUAUCAGAAGGAAGCCUGAUCUCGAUGCAGGCUAAUAUGGAGUCAAUGAUGAGGAAUAGAGAACUAACCGAGACUAGGAUGAUGCAAGCUCUAAGAGAGGAGCUAGCUUCUGCCGAGCGCAGAGCAGAAGAAGAACGUACUGCCCAUAAUGCUACGAAGAUGGCUUUCAUGGAAAGAGAAAUGGAAUUGGAACAUAGAGCCGUGGAAGCAGCAUCAGCUCUUGCUAGGAUCCAGAGAAUAGCAGAUGAGCGGACAUCGAAAGCAACAGAGCUUGAGCAAAAGGUAGCGCUUCUUGAGGUCGAAUGUUCUUCUUUGAACCAAGAACUGCAAGAUCUGGAAGCUCGUGCACGCCGUGGACACAAAAAGUCACCUGAAGAGGCAAAUCAAUUGAUUCAGAUGCAAGCAUGGCAAGAAGAAGUGGAGCGUGCCCGACAAGGUCAGAGAGACGCUGAAUUGAAACUUUCUUCCAUGGAGGCUGAAGUACAGAAAAUGAGAGUUGAAAUGGCUGCUAUGAAAAGGGAUGCUGAACAUUAUUCACGUCAGGAGCACAUGGAGCUUGAGAAGCGUUAUCGUGAACUAACUGAUCUAUUGUACUACAAGCAAACGCAGUUGGAGGCCAUGGCUAGCGAAAAAGCGGCUGCUGAGUUUCAAUUGGAGAAGGAAAUAAACCGCGCCCAAGAGGCACAGGUAGAGGUAGAAAGAACUCGAGCCUCCCGUCGAGCUUCUGCAACUUGGGAAGAAGAUGCCGAAAUCAAAUCUCUUGAGCCCCUCCCGUUGCAUCACCGAUACAUGGCCGGGACGAGCAUACAGUUGCAAAAAGCAGCCAAAUUAUUAGAUUCUGGAGCAGUCAGGGCAACAAGAUUUCUCUGGCGGUAUCCCACUGCAAGACUUUUACUUCUAUUUUAUUUGGUAUUUGUACACCUUUUCAUGAUGUAUCUACUGCACCGUUUACAGGCUCAAGCGGAUACAUUUGCUGCUAGAGAAGUUGCAGAGUCCAUGGGGCUAGCCAACUCUAAUUUACCUUGAGAUUCUUGAACUGCAUCGCCAACUCCUACACGAGCAGGCAAAUGACAAUAGAUUGAGAAGAUACGAUAGCUCAACUGAAAAGUCGAAACUCGGGUUUUGUUCUAUUGUAACUGCAUAAUGAAUUAUUUACUUCAUAGAAGGAAAAAAAAUCUCUAGAGGCAAUCAAUUUAGAAUGAAUGAGUAUCGCUGGAUAUAGAUGAAUGAUGUCGUAUCUCAUGCUAGCCCUAAGCAUUGAUACUGUCACUGAUUUUUUUUUUUUCUUUUUAAUUGUUUACCUUAAUGAUAACUUAAAUUUUUUUGUACGUUUUCAAUGAA